AUGACUGAAUUUCUAAUCGGUAUUUUCGUUAUUUUAACAUGUUUACGCCACAUCGAGUCAAGUAAUGCUAAUGAGAAGGCUAAAGUUUAUGAAAAAGUUGGACAUUAUCUGCGCAACUAUCAAUUAAAAACAAAGCAGGCAGACGGGAAUUCAGAUGAUUACUAUCUAAAUUCAAAUAAAAUUGGUUUGGGUUUUAAUCCACUCUAUGGUAGUCCAUUCUGUUAUACAGCUGCAUGCCAAAUGGAAGGAUUCGGUCAUCCAGUAUUCAAACUCCAAUAUGAGUCUUCUUCAGCUGGUGCUUGCACAAAUAAACUUAUACCAAAAUUUGUAUCUUUCGACUGUCUACCAUCGGUAGUAACAAGUGCUAAUACUGAAAUUAUUAAUACAUUAGACCAAUUGCAUGAAAGGAUUUCAAACAAAAUUGAAGUAUCCGUUGGUGCUUCUUAUGGAGCAUUUUCAUUCAGUUAUACAAAUUCCAAAGAGAUAAGGUAUAUGGUUGAUAAUAUUGUAAAAAAUGAAAUGUCAUUAUUUUAUACAUCAUCACAUGUAUCUGCAGUUAAACUUAGUAUGUUCGAACCAUUCAUGGAGCUUUCUGAUAUGUUUCGGUUUGUAAUUGAGAAUUUACCGUGUUGUGAUGAUGAUUGGCAGACUGAAAAAUAUGUUCGAGAUUACAUAUUUAAUUAUUUUGGUUAUACUUUUCGUGAUUCAUAUCAACAUCUUGAAUCACAAAGUAUUUCAACAAAGAAUUUAGCUAAAAUUGCAUUCUAUGUGUCAAUGGAUGUCUCAGUUGAAAAUUAA